CAGUACUAUCUCACUGCCGUGGUUAAGGCUGAAGAACUCAUGGAUACCAAUAAAGUGUGGAUGCCAAAGAAGCGACACUUCCGUGAAACGGAAGAAUGGCGCGUGAAGAAAUCUCGUGUACUCAGCAAGAUGAGAGCUCUAACGCGUAUGAAUCUACUUCUAGUGCUGUCAAAGAUGUCGUUCUGCAGGAAGCACAGUGCAGUGCAGGGAGAAGCUGGUCUAAAAGACUAA